AGUCCAAUCUUUUCCCUGUCGAAUUUGAUACUACAACAGAUGGAACCGCUGUAAUUCGUCUACAACAGCGCCUUCCAAACAGACAAUGCGCCGAAUCAAGAGUUAUAAUGAGAUAUAUCCUACCUAAUGGAAUUUUGGUGUCAAAUGAUGUAGACUUUAUAUUUGAUCCUAUUAAUUUUUGUCCAGUGGAUAAAAUUGAGAUUCAUCCGUUAGUUGGAAAAUUUAGUUUGCUGUUAUAUUUAAAUUCUACAACUCCAGGUGUCAGUACCGGAAAUGUAUUGGUACAAUAUGCUGCCAUGAUAAUUAAUCAGGAUGGGAAAGUAGUUCAAAAUAAUUUUCCACCGCUAAGUGCUCCAUUCAUGUCAAAUUUGCCUGCAAAAACGAAAACGGUUUUAAACAAUAAUGGCAAUUUUUUGUGGACAUUUAAACUUGAUAAUAACAAUUCAAUUAAUUAUGUCAAGUUUACUUCACAAAAACUAAACACUGCGAUAACAGAUCCUACUACACCACCAACAUUCACAAUGUCAGCAAGUGGAAUAUUUCAAACGCCAGGCAAUCUAAACCUUCAACUUCAAAAUUAUACUAUUUUUCCUACCUUUUAUGGCCAUUUUGCGAUUGCUUUCAUUGCUCGAUAUAAUGCUUCUUCUACAACAUCUGCAUUAUUCGCUUAUUGUACUUUUCUAAUAUCGGAAACAAACAAUUUCAUAGCCCCAUUAAUAAUAUAUAAUAAUACUACCACAUUAACAUCAUCAUUAGACAUUAUGCAAUGCGGUGAAUCUUCAUUUGAAGGGACUGCGUUCAAAUGUUUACUAUCAGCCACUCAGAGUAAUUCUAUCUCCAGAAUACAGGUUUCAUUUCUAUUAACAGGUCUCAUUACGGAAUCAAUUUUAAUUCCAAUUGGCAACAUCUCUUCCAAUUCUAUAAAAACGAUAUUAUUUGAUCCAUUAUAUUUUGGUGGAUAUUUACAACGAAUUUAUUUAAAUAAUAGUGAAAUUAUUGGAAAUAUUUUUGAUAUUAAAGGAAAUUUAAAAGGAAAUUGGGAUUUGACUUUUGCAAAUUUAAAUUUUAAUAAUAUUGUGAUUAAUGGUGGAUCAAAUGGAAACGAAGGUGGUGUAGGUGUAUUUAGAAAUAAUACUGUGAUUUUGGUCUUGGGAGAUGGUGGUAAUGGUUCAGCAUGGAGUGUAGUAACAACCGAUGUUAUUAAAAUUUAUAAUCCAGAUAAUCCUCUAAUCAACCCAAAUAUAGAAUCAACUUCUUUACCAAUGAACACUACCAUAAUUCCACUAGCUGCAGCUCCCUUGUCCAUUACAUUUUCUAAACCUAUUAUAUUAUCAAUUGGAAAUAUUUCAAUAUUUCAAUUUCUUUCUUCAACCAACAUUUCAAGCGGUGGCGCUUUGUUGAGGCAAACAUUUUCAGGCACUUCAAAAUUUUGUACAUUAGAUUCUUCUAAUACUGUGGUCACUGUCACAAUAUUACAGAGUACAUUUAAUCAGCCCAAUGAAGUAUAUUUUAUUAAAAUAGAUGAUGGGUUUGCAAGAAGUACAGCGACAGAUCUGGCGCUCGUCGGCGUUGUAGACGGUUUUUGGACUAUUUCGACUCGUGAUUAUUCAGAUUCAUAUUCAA